AUGGACCACAUGGAGAAGACCAAAAUUUCCAAAAGUUGCCUUUUCAGAGAACAUGUCGUAUACUACUACAGGUAUGUGGAUGACAUCCUGUGCUUGUGGAAUGGUAGCAUGGAUGUGUUACAUGAGUUCUUAGAACACUUGAAUUCAAUACAUACAAAAAUAAAAUUCACGAUGGAAGUUCAAAGGGAAGGAAACAUUAAGUAUUUGGACCUUAGCAUCACAAACGACAAUGGUAACCAUUCCUUCCGGGUGUAUAGGAAACCUUCUCAUACUGGGGUGGUUAUACAUAACACCUCUUUCCAUCCGUUUUCCCACCGUUUAUCAUCUAUCCGCAGUUACGUAUACAGGGCCCUUGCAUUACCGUUGUCAUCAGUUGCCCUUGGUGAGGAGAUUGAUGUUAUCAAACAAAUAGCAAGGAAUAAUGGCUUAUCGGAGAGUUCAGUUGACAGGAUGAUAUGUAGGAGGAAUAGACAAACUCUUGAGCGAAGUGUCUCUAUUAGCCAGCUUCAGCAAAGUGAUGACGAACCUAAGAAAUAUGCAUCACUGACUUUCAGUGGGACGUCUUCCUACAAGAUUGCAAAGAUUUUGAGAGAACGGAUUAAUGUCAUGGUUUCCUUCAGGACUGUUGGGACCGUGAGUGAAUUGUUGAUCAAUAAUAAGGACAGAAACAGUCCACUGAAUAGUGCUGGUGUCUACAAAUUGAAUUGUACAUGUGGUUCCUUUUAUAUUGGACGCACGAAAAGGAGUUUUGAUGUUAGAUUUAAGGAACACCACAGGUGCAUUAGACAGAAUAACACAGAGUCAUUGUUUGCUAAACACAUCUUGGAGACAGGACAUCCGGUAGAUCUGGAAGAGGGUUACAAAAUAUUGCAUAGGGAGAGAAGGGUUGGGGUCCUUAAUAAUUUGGAAUACCUUGAGAUAAUUAAGCAUUGCAGAUCCUGCCCAGAUAAGAUACUUAAUGCCCAACUCUCAGUGGAGGCACCGAAUUUGUGUACUGCUUUAGCGGAUGUGAGCGGGGACCGACAGAGGGCGCCUCCGGUCUGA